AUGUGGUGGCCCCUGGGGCUGGCCGCAUGCCUGGCGUGGGGCAGCGUGGCCGCGCUGUGCGGCUCCCGCGGGCUCUGCCCGGCCCCGAACGCCUCCCGCCCCGAGCCGGGGCAGUGCCCGCGGCGCCGGGGGGCGGUGGAGCUCUGUGCCUGGGCCCUGUCCUCCGACAGCCUCCUAGAUCCUUUUCCAGUUGAUGUAAUCCAGGAAAAUUAUGUCCGUAAUGUGAGAAACUGCAUUUUUUCAAUUGUCUAUCCUACACCUUUUAAAUCUAGAGUUCGUCUUGUAGCUGUUUCAAAGGAUGUUCUUGAAAAUAUUUUGGAUCUUGAUAUAUCUGUCAAAGGAACAUCUGAUUUUCUUGAGUUCGUCAGUGGUGGGAAAGUGAUACUUGGAUCUGUUCCACUGGCUCAUAGAUAUGGGGGUCACCAGUUUGGUACCUGGGCAGGUCAGCUGGGGGAUGGAAGAGCCCACUUGGUCGGAGUAUAUACAAACAGGCAGAGGUGGGAACUGCAGUUGAAAGGGUCAGGAAAGACCCCAUACUCCAGGAAUGGAGAUGGAAGAGCUGUGCUUCGCUCUUCUGUUAGAGAGUUUUUAUGUAGUGAGGCCAUGCACUAUCUUGGAAUUCCUACAAGCAGAGCUGCUAGCUUAGUUGUAAGUGAUGAUGAUGUGUGGAGAGACCAGUUUUACAAUGGAAACAUUAAGAAAGAAAGAGGUGCAGUAGUGCUACGUCUUGCCAAGUCAUGGUUUCGUAUAGGAUCCUUAGAAAUCUUAACUCAUUCUGGGGAACUGGACUUACAAAGAAGAUUGCUAGACUUUAUCAUCCAGGAACAUUUUCCAUCAAUAGCUGUGAAUGAUUCAAAUAGAUAUCUGGAAUUUUUCUCUACAGUCGUAUCAGAGACUGCAAAUCUGAUUGCAUUGUGGAUGUCUGUGGGGUUUGCACAUGGUGUGUGCAAUACAGAUAACUUCAGUUUAUUGUCCAUAACAAUAGAUUAUGGUCCAUUUGGAUUUAUGGACUCCUAUGACCCAAAUUUUGUUCCAAACACAUCUGAUGAUGAGAAGAGGUAUAAAAUAGGAAAUCAGGCAAAUGUGGGGCUGUUUAAUCUGAGCAAGCUCUUACAAGCUCUAAAACCUAUAUUGGAUCCCAGGCAAAAGCAGCUAGCUUCCCAGAUUUUGGAGGGAUAUGGUGAGCACUAUUACAGCCGUUUCACAGAACUAUUCAAAGCAAAAUUGGGUCUUCUUGGGGAGAAUGAGAAUGAUAACUAUUUGAUUUCUUUCCUCUUAAAAAUUAUGGAAGAUACAAAGGCUGAUUUUACAAUGACAUUUCAAGAACUGAGUGAAAUUACUGAAGACCAGUUAAGGGAGCUCCAUAUUCCAGAGGAGUUUUGGGCUCUCCAGGAUCUGGGUAAACACAAAUUAUUUUCUGAAUGGGUUACUAUGUACCUCUUGAGAUUAAAGCAUAACAAGGGUGAUUCAGACACCAAAAGAAGAACAAGAAUGACAACUGUUAAUCCUAGAUACAUACUUAGGAAUUGGAUGGCAGAAUCAGCAGUGCAAAAAGCUAAUUUGAAUGAUUUCUCUGAGGUCCGUUUCCUCGAACAGGUUUUACAACAUCCCUUCCAGAAACAGGAGGCUGCAGAGCAAGCAGGCUACUCCCUGCGCCCCCCAGCUUGGGCCAAGGAUCUGAAAGUAAGCUGUUCAUCCUGAGAGAAGUUUGAACAAGCAGGAAAAACGAUCCAGGUCGAAGCUCAGGCCUUCACAUAGGAUUAAUGGACCGCUCUUCUCCCUUAUAUUUUGUGGACUGGAAUCUGCUACUUUACUAGGCAAGACAAGGUCUUUACCAACUUUUUGAAGUGUAAGAUUAAAGAAAUGGAUCACUAUGUGUGGUUGCAUCAGCCAAUUUGCAUUCUUCUGUUCAUUACUCUGAGUAACAAUAUUUAAGUUCUGCCAAACUGUCACACUUUACCUCUCAUAAUUCAUAGCUGAUCAGGUGCGUCUCAGUAUCUUUUACUGACUGAUCAGUUUAAAAUCCAUCUAAGCUAGUUUUAAUAAUGUGAUAUUUUGAUUAAUUUUCUUCUUGCUGUUACACACUGGUCAAAUAUCAUUGCAUUCUACGUUUUCUCAAGUCUUUUGCAGAGCUGGUACAGGGGAUCAUCUUACACCUUGAUAUUUUUUCUCUUUCUGAUCUUGUUUUGUCCCAUUAAAUUGACAAUAGAUGCUUAAAGGAAAUUCAGUUACAUAGUGAGCAAAGGUGUCUGUCUUGGGAGUGACUUUUCCCAGAAUAAAUUUUGGUGUCUUUGCUGGUGUCAGGUGCAUAUCAAGCCUGGACCACUGCUCUUUGAAAGUGUAUCUUUUGAUAGUAGUAGAAAGAUUGUUGGUGCAUGCAUAAAAAGCCUCAGGAAGAUUUCACCAAUUGGACCUGGAAAAGAAUUGUCUUGGAAAUAUCUCACUAUGUAUGUAGUCAGGUAAAUAUACCUUUUGUAUUCAGCCACCUUUUGUAAGGGACUUAUAAAAAUCAUGCAGGGAAAAUAUUUAAAGGUCUUUGAGCCCUGGAUCUUGCUAUUUAUCCUUGUUUGAUACUCUAGUUCCACAAAAUUUUGUGUAUAAUUAAGGCAAAAUUAAUACAUCAGCAGUCAUGGCUAACAUUAUGCUAGAAAAUUUGCAGAAAAUAAUCACUUAGUUGGGGGCUUUGUUACUUCUUGAUGUUACCUUGUCUAUUCCCAAAUCCAAAAUGGAUUGGUUUA